AUGCCUAGGACAGCCAAGCCGACCAAUCGCGGUAUGGUGACGUAUGCUAUAUGUUCAUUCGAGAAAGAUUGCUUCUCCAGGAGGGAGCUACGCGAGAAGGCUACUGAGCUUGCUCUGGAUAACGACGUCGUGAUGGGAGUUCGUACCGAACGGUACCAAGACAUCGCCAUAAACACACUAAUACUUCGAAAAAUUCUUUCUUUAGAAGAUGGCCAGCUGUGUGCAACCGCAGAUGCAGAGGAACUUGUUGUGAAUGCUGGGCUGGUGCUCCACGAUCGUAUAUUCGCCACGAAAUAUGAGAGAUAUGCUGCCUGGACAGCCUACUACAACGAGAACACCAAACCUGCGGCGAGGAGAAGCGCUACUGCGCUCGUUAUAGAGAAUGAGGAUCUUCGUGAACGGGUUCUAAUUCUCUCGAAGAGGCCCGAUUCCGCUGAAAUAGGAGUACAGUGUUCGCCGUCGGUUGUGUCUCCGGACACUCCCGCUUUCCGUUGGAGCACCUACAUCGAUGCUAUGACGGAAACUGAGGAUAUUCCAGUUCACGGGGAUAGGAACGCUGGCGGGCAACGCACACCAUCACCGACCCGUGGAUCUGUUCGUAAUGGCAAUUCCAACAGCUUUGUGGUGAACUCUCUUUCCACUCCAAUUCGCAGGUUUCAUACAUUUCCUUGUUAUCUCCCAACGCCCGAAUCUAUUCCUCCUCGCCAACAACGACGUCGUCACGAGCUCCUAUCUCCUUCACCCUCUGUAUCUAAAGCGAUCCUGAACCCGGCGGUGGACGAAGAUUCCGAGUCGGACAUGAAUGUGGAUGACAGUCUGAGUAUCUCGAAGGUCGCUCAGGAGAUAGGACAAGCCGACGAACAUGGUCGACUGUCUCCUGUGCAAGUUGUCAGGCAGACGAUCAUGGUCCCGAUCCAGGCAAUCCAAGAACAUGUGCCUCUUGUAUCUCGCACCGCCGUCGAUCCAACCAAGGCCAUAUCAGAUGUUCAAGCUGGUAUUGAAGACCUGCAAGCUGAGAUAGAGGCUUUCAACCGUCGAAUUGCAGAACUAAAUCAACAAGUGGUAGAUCUCAAGACAUCUCUCUCCGCCGAACAAGCAUCCAAUGCCGAGUUGCAAGCAAAACUAAGUGAGGCAGAGCGUGAUCUUGAGCAGCACAGGACCCGUGUCAAGGAGCUGGAGGUGGAGGUGGCUUCCAAAGACGUCAUGAUGGAUCAGCUCGUCCCUCAUAUGCACAAGUUCCUUACGCAGCAUGCGGCACAGAGUAAGAAGUCGGGUGGUGCCUGA